AUGGACUCGGAAAAUACCAACACCAACACAAACACCAACACCAACACAAACACCAACACCAACACAAACACCAACACCAACACAAACACCAACACCAACACAAACACAAACACCAAAAAUCCAAGACGACUUGUUUUCCGGUUCCAUCAGGCCCACGUCCGUGAAGAGAUCGCCAUCCUCGAUCGAUUCUUCCGAUUAUUUGGUCCAGAAUCUUUCCUUCCGGUGGAUUUCCGUUCGGCCGAUUUCCAUUCCCAUCUCAUGGCCCCAAACGAAUCCCCCAUGAUGCAUAUCGUUCUCGAUCUGUAUAGCAAGACUUCCCCGGACGUCGACGUCGAUAAAGUGGAAUAUCAAGUCUUUCAGGUCAAGAAGAGGAAGGAUGAGUUUGAAUUCGAGCGCUUGAAUGAGGCGGCCUGCCGACAAGCUCGCUCGCGGUGCAAUGUCCUCGAUGUCGUCUGGGGCGCUGACCGCCGUCAACCUAAGGAAGUGGAAGGCGACCAUCCUCACACCCAGAACACAGCACAAUCUUCUGAUACGUCGGUGUCUUGA